CUGUUCAUUUCUUUUAGAUAAACUCAUCCUGAAAGUCGCUGUUGUUCUCCUACUGAGCAAGAAUGGAGGCCCCACUGGUGAGUCUGGAUGAAGAGUUUGAGGACCUUCGACCCUGCUGCUCGGAGGACCCGGAGGAGAAACCCCGGUGUUUCUAUGGUUCAUCUCCCCACCAUCUCGAGGACCCCUCCCUCUCUGAGCUUGAGAAUUUUUCUUCCGAAAUAAUCAGCUUCAAGUCCAUGGAGGACCUCGUGAAUGAAUUUGAUGAGAAGCUCAAUGUCUGCUUUCGGAACUACAAUGCCAAGACCGAGAACCUAGCUCCCGUGAAGAACCAGUUACAGAUCCAAGAGGAGGAGGAGACCCUUCAGGACGAGGAGGUCUGGGAUGCUCUGACAGACAAUUACAUCCCUUCACUGUCAGAAGACUGGAGGGAUCCAAACAUCGAGGCUCUGAAUGGCAACUGCUCUGACACUGAGAAUUCCAUCUCCCCACCUCCUCUCCAGAUCCAUGAGAAAGAAGAGGAAGAGUUCAAUGAGAAGAGCGAGAAUGAUUCUGGUAUCAACGAGGAGCCUCUGCUCACAGCAGAUCAGGUAAUUGAGGAGAUUGAGGAGAUGAUGCAGAACUCCCCAGACCCUGAGGAAGAAGAGGAGGUUCUGGAAGAAGAGGAUGGAGGAGAAACCUCCUCCCAGGCAGACUCGGUUCUCCUGCAGGAGAUGCAGGCGUUGACACAUGACCUUCAACAACAACUGGUCCUAUGAAGGUGAGG